CUAUUCCGCCCGGUCGUUUCGUUUUUUGGCGCCGCGCGCUAUACGGCACCAGUGCGGUGUACGCCAGCGCUCACAGUCACUCGAUCAGUCGACCGGCAAAGUCAUCGGAGGCCGGUUGAACUCCCAUCGAAAGCGCGUGAUAACGCACACACACACACACACUCACACACUCACUCACACACACACACUCACACUCUCACACACACAUACACAUACCAAAUUUACACACAUACACACAUACACUUAAACAGGACAUACACAUGCUCACAAAUAUAUGUACACACACACGCACGACAUACGCGCGCGAACAGAAAUAUUCGCGAACGACGCGAUUAGUGCGCUCGUCAUACGCCGGCGACGUGUUAUACCGGUUUGUGAAAAAAAAAAAUAAUUAUAAUAAUAAUAAAAAAAUUUUUAUCGUUCCGUGUGUCCUCUCUAUCGAGUGCCGCCGUGUUACACGCACACUCCAGGCGCCAAAAUGAAUUCAUAUAGCUAAGCCGGUACUAAUGGUGUUACGAAAAGGAAUUUCGCGAAGGACGAUAACUACUAACACACAGCUGUCUCAGACAUGGGAAGCGAGCACUACUGUCUCCGGUGGAACAAUCAUCAGAACAACCUGCUGGGCGUAUUCAGUCAACUGCUCCAAGAAGAGUCCCUCGUGGACGUGACGCUCGCCUGUUCGGAAGAAGGCCGACUGAUCCGCGCCCACAAGGUAGUGUUAUCCGCGUGCAGCGCGUACUUCAAGGCACUGUUCCUGGACCACCCGACCCGGCACCCGAUUGUGGUGCUCAAAGACGUUCAAUUCUCCGAACUCCGUGACCUGGUCGAGUUUAUGUACCGGGGCGAAGUGAACGUGGACCACCGACAGCUAACCACCCUGCUGAAGACGGCCGAGAGUCUAAAGGUCAAGGGGCUGGCCGACAUGGCUCGCCCCAGUGACGGCGACGAUGACACCGUCGGCGACCGCGUCGAGCUGGUGCCCGCCGACCGGGAUGACGAGCCCAUGGAACCGGAAGACCUGCGACCAUUGAGCCGAUGCCGGACGCCGGUGCCGGCCGAGAGCCGUACCCCGUCGCCACCGCCCACCGAAAGCGACGACAACCUGUCCAUGCAAAGCGAACCCAGCGACAUGACCACUGUCUGCAGGCACGACGACCAACCGUCCCCGUCCGGUUCCGGUCUGCCGCCAGUUCAGCAAGUACCUUUGUUCUUGAAGAAAGAAGCUGACUGUGACAAGACUGAUGACCGAAGCAUUCAAGGGGAAAGCUCUUCAGAAUACCGGAGUAUACCAGAUCCGGAAGUUUGCUUGGUGGAAGGGGUGUUCAACACGUUGGCCGCAUACAGGUCGCAAGUUUCCGUUCUACAACAAGGAUUUUCCGCUUUCAGUCGGUUCUCGACUCUGCCGCCCGUUUACAAUACAGAAACUUCCGUGUCGCUGUACUCGGUGCUCCAACAACAAGGGCUGAUCGGGCCGUGCGUGAGCUCCAGCGACGAGGUGGCCAGCCGGUGCCUGAUCCGGUGCGCCAUUUGCCUGGCGGGUUUCCCGUCCACGUGGCUCCUCGAACAGCACACGGCCCUGCAGCACACCGGGCAACCGGUGCGCGGUCACGGCGGCGACGGCGGCGACGAGAAACCGUUCCAGUGCGACCAGUGCGGCCAGAGUUACCGUUACCGUUCGGCCUAUCUCAAACACCGCGAACAAAACCACAGGGCCCGCUUGCCGGCCGACAAGCUGUUCACGUGUGACAUAUGCGGCAUGCAGUUCAGGUAUCUCAAGUCGUUCAAAAAGCAUCGGCUCAACCACGCGCUGGAGAGGCUACAGCGAGACGUACCGGCGGCCGUGACGGCGGCGCACAGUGACGACAGCCGAGACGUGCCGGCGACACCGACCGCCGCUAAGUCAUCGUCGUCCGACAGCCAGGUGACCAGCACGAACGAAGUGGUGUCCGCAGUGACGUCGGCGGCCGGACAGCAGAAGGCGGCCGGUGACGCAGCCGCCACUUCGCCGCCGUCGCUGUUCAACAUGCUCAGAUCGAACGCUCAACGCACAGCCGCCGCUGCAGCCGCCGCCGCCGUGGCUGGGUCCACUCCAGUGGCCGUUGUCGCCGCGGCGUCCGCUGCCGCAGCUGUGACGACGGCCGCCACCGCCAACAACAACAGCAACGGUAAUGGCAUUAACAACAACAACAACAACAACAACAGCCGAGACGCCAAAUCGUUCGCGUGCCCGUUCUGCGGCAAGUGCGUCCGAUCUAAGGAAAACCUAAAGCUGCACGUGCGCAAGCACACGGGUGAGCGGCCGUUCGCGUGCCUGUUCUGCGGUCGCGCGUUCGGCGGCAAGAGCGAUCUGACCCGACACCUGCGCAUCCACACCGGCGAGCGGCCGUACCACUGCGAGAUGUGCGGCAAGUGUUUCGCCAGGGCAGACUACCUGUCCAAACACCUGACCACGCACAUACACAACAACCAUCAGCGUUGAACGCCUGCGACUAUAUAUUAUAAAUAUUAUAGCUUCAAUAUUCAUACCAUCGUCGUGUGUAUGACGUGUUGUUGUUGUCAUCGUCGUCGCCGUCGUCUUUAUAAUUAAUUUUAUUAUUAUUAUUAAAAUUAUUAUUAUUAUUAUCAUCAUUAUUAUUAUUAUUAUUAUUAUUAUUAUUAUUAUUAUACUAAUAUUACUCGAUCUAGAAAAAUACGACGCGUGCCCCGGCGCCAUGGUUCAAAACGGAUAUCCUCUUGGCAAAUACGUCUUUUGAUUUUCUGCUCGUUUUCAACACGUUGUUCGUUUCCGGUGGUCUGUUUGUAACUCAAUGGUUUUUUUUUAUUUGUAAUUAUUAUUUUCUAUCUAUCAAUACAUUUUGCUAUAAAAUAUUAUACGCCCGACAGUUAUUAUUGUGUCGUCGACGUCGGUCGAUUCGGUUUCUGAGCGCCGCUCGGAGAAAAGCUCAAUUUUUUUAACGUGAUUUUAUAUAUACCUAUAUUAAACCGCACCGCCAUAAUAUAAUAAAUAAUAUGUCCGGUGAUUUUUAUUAUCAUAGAUUUUUUUUAAUUCGAAACGAUUGAUACUGACCGAUAGCGUAUAACCGACGUGUAAUGUUCGCGAUCAUAUGUUAUAUUAUGUUUGCAAUCCAUUUUGAACCAUUGUCGUCGUAAGGAGGAGAAAUCGAACGUCGAAGAACGACAGCGGCCUAUAAAUAUUUUAAUAACAUUUUAUUAUAAUAAUAAUACAAAAUAUUUUAAUAUUUUAAUAUAUAUAUAUAUAUAUAAAUAUAAAAAUAUAUACGUGUAUAUACACUACGUAUAUAUCGAAUCCAACUCAAUUGUACACACGAAAGAUAGCAACAACAAAAAAGAACUAAAUUAUAUAAGUAUAUAUAUAAUUAUAAUUCUCUAGUCAUAUAAAUUAACGUUUAUAUUUCCUUUGAAAAAAUCAAAAUUGUUUUUGUUUAUGUGAUCAGACGUACGGUUUGUUUUUUAUUUCGUAAAUCGUCGUGCUUUUCUCUUUAAAAUGUUUGACAUAUUUAUAUUGUUUUAAUUUUUGUUACUUUGUAUGUAUAUCUAUAAAUACGUUUACUCGCAUAUUCACGGUCGGUUAAAUUCGUUCGCGAUUUUUGAUGUGAUAAUUUUUAUUUUAUUGUAUUUUUUUUUUUUUUCUAUAAACUUGUAUGUGAUAAAUGUGAAAUUACAUUACGAUAGUGAUCGGGGGCGUCACAGACGAAGUCGUGUGUCUCGCACUCUCGUCGUACGUCCCGGAGUGAUGUGUUAUAGAACUCGACAAUUCGACAUUUAUAUUUUAACGGAAACAUAUUAUUAUUUAGAUUAGGAUUUAUUCAAUAGGGCUUUUAUGUAUUUGUAUUUUUUUUUUGUCUCUCGUAAUAAGCAUAUAUUUAUCUUGAGAAAUUGUCAAGGAAAUGUCAUGUGAUUGUAUCUGUGAUAGAAACGGUUAGGGAAGUGAUAUGUAUUAAAACGUCGAACCAUUAAAAAAAAAAAAACAAAAAAAACCAAAAAAAAAACAAACAAAAAUAGGGAAUAUUAUUAUAAUAAAGUAUAUUAUUGUGACUGCGAUUGUGAUAACAUAUAUAGCAAUUUGUUACCCAUAUUGUUACGUCGCGAGUACGGGUUAUGACCAGAUAUAUAGGUGUUAUAAUUAAUUAUAAGCAGAGACGAGGAAACGGGUGAUAAUAAUGGUAUUGUGUAGAUGUAAGUUUGUGAAUUUUAAUAGCGAAUUGUAAUAGUGAAUAUAUUAUAUGUAAUAUUACAUAUAUUAUGAUGUAUUAUGUAUAAUAAUACAUACAUAUUUCUAUGAAUGUAUUAUUAUGAAGGUAUUGUAGAGUGUUAGAGUGUUUUGUACUAUCUGAAACAGUAUAAUAUUACAAAAUAUUAUGAUGUUAUAAUAAUUAUUGCUAUUUUACUAUUAUUGUCAAUGAUGUGCAUUUAUGAUAAUACGAUACGGAUAAUAAAUAGACUGAGAUUUGGGUGGCCAGACCUGAGCCAGAGAUAACAUGACAUAUGUAAACAUAUAGGACAUAUUAUAUAUUGUACAAUUUAACUAAGAAGAUAAAUAUUGCUCAAAAACAGUAUUAAAACACAUAACUCACAAAUCUCAAACACACCGCGUAUACAUAAUUAAUUGAUAAAUAUAAAUAAUAAAUAUAUUAAUUGUAAUAGUCAAAACUCGUAACUGUAAUAGUACAAUUUUUUCGUAAAAUGUUUAAUUAUUAAGCUUUUUUACAGCUCUACCUCAUGUUUAUAUAAUGUAAUAAUAUAUGUAAAACAGUACGAUAUUUCACAAAUACUUGUAACAAAAGUACAAAAUAGCCAAUUUUUUUUGUUAAUUAACUCACCUCUUUAUAUAUUUUUAUUUAUACUUAACCUUAAUAACUUAUUAUUAUUUCUUUUUUAAAUUUUUAUUAAGUUUAUAUGUUUUCCAUCAGUACCUCCGUUGUUUUUUUUUUUUUUUUAUUAACUAUUAUUUUAACGACGUAUAAAAGUGUAUUGAUUCUGUACAAUUCGAUAAAAGGAAAAUAUAUAUAUUAAAUAUAAAGAAAUGUAUUAAACAAUUUUCGAAAAUUUCCAAACAUAAAUAAAUUUUGAAAAAAUAUAAUAUACUUAAGCUUUUUUUAUACAUAUAUAAUAAAAAUAGAAUAAUAAAUAAAUUUAGUCAUUUUAAAUGUUGUUUGUUGUUCGUUAAGCGUUUUCAUGUUACUUUUAUUCAUCCGAUUAGCGUGUUAGAAACAUUAUUAUCAUUAUGCUAGCUGUAACCGAGUAUAUGUAAUAUUAUUAUUAUUAUUAUUAUGAUUAUAUAGUCACAUCUGUGUAAUUUUUUUCAAAAUCUUUUUUUUUCAUCGUUAUUAUUAUUUAUUAAUUUGACACUGUACUUCUAAAUAUAGGUACAUAUAUUAUUUUAGACGCAUUGUUUUAUACAUAGGUAUAUUAUAUAUAAUAUAUAUUGUAUUAUUCUAGGAUAAUAAUGGUGUUAAGGGUGCAGGCUCAGGCGUACUUGGUACUUUGUAUAUGUAUAUAAUAUAUAUAUAUAUACUCUUGCCACAUUGGACAAAUUAUAUAGGCGAGAUUCCGGAACAAUGGCUGUGUUUAAUUAUAUAUAAUAUAUAAUAUACAUUAUUAAGUAAUCCGAUAUGAUAAAUUAAUACGAAAUUGAUAUGCGAGGAAAAUAACAUACAUACACACACAUACAUUUACAUACAUAUACAUACAUACAUGCAUACAUACAGUAUAUACGUACUGCUGGGCGAUAUCUGUGAGGAGGAGGGGGUGAGAAGGGACAGUGUUAUUAUUAUUAUUUCUUACUCAUUCUAAUAAAUAUAAUAUAGUCAUAUAUAGGUAGGUACUAUUUUUUAUUAUUUGUGAUUUGAUUUUUUUUUUAUUAUUAUUAUUAUUUUUAACAAAAAUAACGCAAACGCCCUUGUGAUAUAGGUACAUUUAUACAUAAAUCGGUUUUGCUCAAUCUCGCAUUGAGCCUAUUAACAAUAUAUUUAUUCAUUUGCAAUUCGAUAUGCUGUUUUACCGCAUUAAUGAUCGUUUAUAAUAUUUUAAUAUAAAAAAAAACUAUUAUGACAUUAAUAAAAAUUUAAUUUUUUAACUUUUUGAUCUAUACUGUUUUCUAGGGAAACAUAAAAAAUUAUUCCGCUCUUCAUGAUUGAUCUUUAAUUAGGUAUAUAUAAAUGCCUGCCUUAUCGAUCGUACAGUAAACGCGUUGGAGUAUUUUCUUCUCUCUUUCUCUCUCUCUCUCUCUCUCUCUCUCUCUAUCUAUCUAACUAAACACACUUACAUACACACACACACAUACACACUUUCUCUCCUUAUUUUUUACUUACUCGCGGAAAACAAACGAGAGAGACGUUUCGAGGGUACUAGUACAAUUUGUAAAAAUGGAACCGUCGUCAAGGUGUUUAUAAUAUAACCAUUCGUAUAUAUACCUAUAUAUUUAAUUAAUUCGUUAUACUCGUUGCUGCAGCGAAGUAUAUGACUUAUAGGUAUGCUCAUAAUAUUUAGUCACGUAUAAUAAUAAGAUUUUUCUAAAAAAUAUAUAUUGAAAUUCUGUAGAUGUAAAAAUAUUUAAUACGUUUACACUUGUUUGUUAUAAAGCGAUUAUAGCGAAAACGUUUCGUUUUUAUUACUAAUUGUGUACAAAAAUGUUGUUUUUUUAUUACUAUUAUUAUUAUUAUUAUUAUUAUUAUUAUUAUUAUUAUUAUUAAUCAUCUUAAUAUACCUUGAUGACUUAUAAAUGUAUAUCGUAUAGGUAUGCACAUAUUGUUAAAUUUCACGGAGACUGGAAAAAUAAUGCAAUUCCACCCGUAAGCUAAUUAUUAUUUGAACUAAUACGCGAGUAGUUUGUUGUCGAUUAGAAUGUUUGUUAUUGUAAAACACAAGAUAUUUAUAAUAGUAUGUUUAUAGUCCGAUUCGCUUUACCCAUAAAGUAAUAGUAUCUACUUGUUAUUGUAACACUGUUAUACAGUUGAAUAAUAAUAUUAAGUAAUUAUAAAUGCACUGUUCGAAUAAACUAUACUAUGAAAAACCUUAUGUAGCGUACCGCCUCACCGUUUACAAUAUAAUAUUAUACAUAAUGUUCACUUCGGCGUCAUAUGGCCAAGGAGUAAAAAUCUAACUCGUCGAGUUUCUUGAUUUUAUUCUUUUUACCUAUUAAUAGAUAUCGGUAAAAAUGUGUUUCUGUAUAGUUUUAAUUCAAUCACUUUGAAUACAUUCAUUACCAUAUAGUAAAAAUACGUGACUUUCAUCAGAAUUUCUAAGUCUUUUUUAAUAAAUAAUAUAUUAUAAAAUUUGUAAUCUCCAUGUAAAAAUACAAAAUCCAUCCACAAUCAUUUCGCUGUCUCAAGUUCGCUGAUGAUAAAUCCUCCGUUGUUAACAACAACAGCGCCGGUACCCAUUUAAUACAAUGACGAGGCGUGUGCCUACGCUGUAAACAUAACUACCACAAUUAUUAUACGAUUAUAUAAAAUAGAUAUACCUAAGUGUAUACCCACGCACUGCAAUGGUGUACCCAUACACGAUAGAUAUAUCGCUCGGAAAAUCUGUCUCGUAAAUAAUCUACUAGACAAUAUCGAGCUGUUCGAACAAUUAUAAUAUAUCAAUUUGUUUCAAUUCAUAUUCUAUCCAUACCAUGUAAUUCAUCAAUCACUCUUACCUUUUUUUUCAUUUAAAAAUUAAUUUUAACAAUUUCUGAUUUUUUGAAAUUUAUAAACACACUAGGUAAUUAAACAUCAUAUUUUCAAAUUAUUAAGAUUUUUCGUACUAUUAAAGACUAAUGGAGUGUCUUGUGGUGAUAAAAAUCUCCAUUCUUUAGACUAUUUUUACAAAUUAUAAAUAUUUACUAAAAUGUUCAAACUAUCAUAGCCUUUAUAUCUUCCAAAUCUAAACUCAUCUCGUUAAUCCUUAAUGCAUGCAAUAGUCCUACAUAAAUUUAAAGAACUCUAAGACUGUUCUGUAAAAAAAAUUAUCAGGUAAAUUAUUUACCUCCAAAAGAUACUUCUUAAGUAUUAGUAAUAUUUCAAAAAAUCUCAAUAAUUUGAAAAUAUGGUCUUUAAGUGUAUUUAAAAAUGCCAAAAAUCAUAAUUUGCACAAUUGCAUAAUUAAAAAUGAAUAAAGUUUCAUGCUGUAUAUUAAAACCGGUUUACCUAAACCGAUUAAUCAUAAGAGUAUUGUUCGAAUAAACGCAGUGUAUAAAAUAAAUAUUAAUCAAGUAACUAUAUAUUUACUUGAUUAACUCGGGCGUUUAAAAUCGUGUUCGUUAUUUCCGUCGAAAAACAAACCUAAAUAUUUCAAACAGAUUCCAUAAUUAUUGUGCGGUAAUAAUAUCGUUCUAGAUUGAUGUUCCGCGAUAGGUGUCAGGUUAUUGAUAGAAAUGAGAAGUUAACUGCAACGGAUAUUCAUUAGAAAUGUCAUAAAAUCCAAUGUUAUGAAAUACCUAAUAGACCCAAUAAUACACAAUGGCAGACUAUGAAAACGGACCGGAUAAACUAUUGUAUACCGUCUUGGAUAUACUUAGUGAUCUUGUUAGGAUACUCGUAUAUAAUGCACGGUUAUUUUGAAGUUGCAUAGGACAUGUUUCCCUCGAAUAAUUUGUAAUUAUACUUAUAACGAAAUAACUCAAAUUUUGUUCUUUAAAUAAAAACAGAAUAACAUAGUUUUUUUUUAUCUAAUAAAUCACAUUUAUUUUUAAGUUUUAACAAUUUUCGAACAUGACUUCAACAUCAAUAUUUUUCUCUGCGUCCAUAAACGGGAAUGCUUCCAAUAAUUAUUUGUAUGAACAGCCACAGCCCACCAGGAAAAGUCCUGAUAUUUCGCGGGCAUAGUUCGCCACUGCAGUAAAAUUAUGCAAUUGCCUAGCUAUACCGGACUAUCUACAUAUUGUGAUAUAUCUUGUAACAACUUUUACACUCGAUUAUAUAACAAAAAAAAUGUAUAUAUAUAUUAUAUUAUGUACAUUUUUUAUUUAUAGUAUACCUACGACAAAAUAUUACAUUUAUUUGACUAUUAUAUUACAUGUAUUUAAUGUACAAUAAAAUACGCGUAUGGAAGAACGAAUGCGAUCGUCGAUCAUCAAGCGUUGAAAUGUGUAUUAAGUCUACGCAGUAUUUCCGUCUCCGUUCGUAAUUUACGAUAAUAAUAUUAUGUAUGUGACAUGUAUGUAGGUAAUGAAUACGUUUUGUAGAAUGUAAUGCUUGUAUAUACGUUACAAUUCUUCAAUUCGAGCGUGUAUAAUUAUAUUAUAUACUAUACUGUAUUUCUUUGUAAUUUGUAUAACAAUUGUUAAAAUACAUCAUCGAUAAAAUGUUAACGAAAUGUCUUAUAUAAUGCAUAUUUUAAUAAAAUUAUAAAACAAUGAUAAAUGUUUUUGCUCUAAAAA